AAGAAGUGAUGUUUGCGUUGAUAUAACUAAUAAUGUCUUCAAAACUCAACUAUUAUUUUGAAUACAAAUUGUUUACAAAAUAUAUGAAUAUUUUUGUGUGACUUAUGUUUUGUCGAUCACUGGAUGGAUGUCAGCACUGGUUAUGUCAUUGAUAUCAAAGACAAACACAUGAUUUCAAUGAUUUGUUUUGCAUUUUGUGUUUGACUUAAAAGUUUGAAUUUGUUUAAUACAUUUGCUGUCAUUUUCAUCAAUUAAGACAUUGAUUAAGUGGUGGAUAAUGUUUACGAAACUGAUUAGACAUGGGUUGCGGUCAAACCUGAACAAUAUGUUGAUCACAAAGACCUCAACAGUAGGUCAGUGUCGUCAACAAAGUAAUUGCUGGAGUGGUCACAAUGGUAUGUCAUCUCCGCAAUCAUUUCUGGUGCCAAUAGUGGUGGAACAGUCCGGAAGAGGUGAAAGAUCUUAUGAUAUAUACUCCAGACUAUUAAAAGAACGUAUAAUUUGUUUGAUGGGACCGAUUGACGACAAUAUGUCUUCACUAGUUGUCGCACAACUGCUAUUUCUACAAUCGGAAAGCUCUAAGAAACCGAUUCAUUUGUAUAUCAAUAGUCCCGGCGGUGUUGUGACAUCGGGUCUGGCCAUAUAUGACACAAUGCAAUACAUAUUGCCACCGAUUGCCACGUGGUGUGUGGGACAGGCCUGCUCUAUGGCCAGUCUAUUACUGUGCGCCGGCGAGCCGUCGAUGAGACAUUCGUUACCAAACUCGCGAAUUAUGGUCCAUCAGCCGUCGGGUCAGGCCUCAGGUCAGGCCACCGAUAUUCGCAUUCACGCCGAAGAAAUUUUAUUACUCAAGAAACGUAUUAACGGUUUGUACGCCAAACAUACCAAACAAGCGAUUGAAGUGAUAGAGGAAAGUAUGGAAAGGGAUCGCUUCAUGAGUCCUGAAGAGGCAAAACAAUUAGGUUUUAUUGACAAUGUUUUGGAGAAACCACCGAUUAAUGAGACCAUUGAUGUCACUAAUAAUCAAUAG